AUGUGUUGCGGGUCAAAGUCGCAACGCGCAAAGAAACCAGAUAGUGAGCCCCGCACCCUGCCCGCCCUCAACAUUGCCGACUCAUCGAAGAAGACACCACGAGCCUCGCAACGCCAAGACGGGGCGGCACGCUGGGCUAACGCGCCGCCACCAAAGGCCGCCGAGCCAUCGUCGGAUAACACGCUCAAGGGGGUACCCGAUGAGAUGCCACAAUAUAUGGACUACCAAGUGAAGGAGCUGAUCUUUACGGAGGAUCAGCUG